AUACAUACUGUUUUGGGCCUGUGUGCAGGAUAUUUGGUCGGAGUACAACACCCAAGACUAUCUCUGUCUACAAUCGACUUUGUAAGCCCAUUUCUUCCUUAAACCCUAAAAUCACAGUUCACAGCCCUGGAUGCCGUAAACAGGCAAACCCUAACUUAAAUCAGGGUUCUCUAAGCCCGGGGCGCAAUGAGAUUAGAGAAGUGUUGGUUCUGCUCCUCUACUGUAUACCCGGGACAUGGUAUACAGUUUGUCCGUAAUGAUGCCAAGAUUUUUCGAUUUUGUAGAUCCAAAUGCCACAAAAACUUUAAAAUGAAGAGAAACCCCCGCAAGGUAAAAUGGACCAAGGCCUACCGGCGUUUGCAUGGAAAGGACAUGACACAGGAUUCAACCUUUGAGUUUGAGAGAAAGAGGAAUAGGCCUGAGAGAUAUGAUAGGAAUCUUGCUGAGAAUACUCUGAAGGCUAUUAAGAAGAUUGAUAAAGUCAGAUCUAACAGGGAAGCCAAACACAUUGAAAAGAGGAUGAAGGUCAAGAAAAGCAAGGAGCGGAGAGAGGCGGCAAAGGAAUUGGAGCAGAGUAUCCACUUGGUCAAACCUCCUUCAGUUCUUGCUCAAGAUCCAUCUCUCACAUUGCCCAAGAUCAAGGUCAAGGUCUCCCAACAGCAAACAGAGGAAAACCAUGCAAUGGAGGAGUGAUUUUGUUACUGGUUUAUAUGUUCUGUUCUUUUCUCUUUUGUUCUCUUUCUUUUCAUUCUUGUGUGGGAAGGCGGAGUAUUUGUAGAGGGGUUUCAGCACUUGUACUUGCAGUUGCCCACGUCUUUCAAUAUCAAUCAUGUAAUGGCUGGGGCUAGGUCAUUUUUGCCCUUUCAGUUGUCCUCUUUAGUAUAGCUGCCCUUCAAGUGCAGAAGGCGAAGAACUUAUACAUAGAGGAAGAGAGGAACAUGAAUAAGUAGAUACUGUUUGAUA